AUGCCAGGUACAUUCCUACCAUCGGUGCCUCGCUGGGUCCCUGCCCCCGGGACAAAGGCAGACUUGGAGUAUGCCGACUUACCGAUUAUCGACUUCGCCAAGCUGGCGACCCCCGGUGGCAGCGCAAUGUUGGCACAGCAAGUGCACGACGCAAUGACCACCUCCGGUUUCUUCUACGUGAUCAAUCAUGGUCAUACACAAGCAAAGACAGACAGGAUGUUCGACAUCGGGGAUGUCGCAUUCAGUCAGGUAUCAGACCAGGAGAAGAAGGCCUACGAAGGCAACGUCAAAGAAUUAGGGACGUACCAAGGCUACAAGCUACGCCAAUAUUGGCAUAUCGAUGCAGGUGUGAAGGAUCAGAUCGAACACUACAAUAUCAACCGAGACGUGACCAAGAGGGAACACCCAGAGGCUCUGCGUCCGUUCCUACCUGAAAUUUCUGAGUUCACGCGAUUCUGUCACUUCCAGAUUUUGCACCCUGUUCUUCGCCUCCUCGCCAUUCGUCUUGAGUUGCCAGAGGACACGUUCGUCAACCAAUUCCAGUUUGAUGCCGAGGGCGAUACCUGGGUCGAAGACGAAGAAAAGACCAGGAACGUCUGGCUCAAGGGCCACACAGACUACACUGGCAUUACCAUCCUGUGGAGUCAACCGGUUGCCGCCCUGCAAAUCAUGUCUCCGGACGGCAAAUGGCGCUGGGCCAAGCACAUCGACAACGCUGUAAUCAUUAAUGCUGGCGAGGCCCUGGAAUUCCUCUCUGGCGGGUACUACAAAGCGACUAUCCACCGUGUUGUCCAACCGCCGGAAGACCAGCAGGGCUACCCCCGCCUGAGUCUACUCUACUUCGUCACGCCCGAUGACGACGUUCUCCUCGUUCCGCAUGCCGAGAGCCCCGUCCUUCAGAGGGUCGGAAUCAAGCGGCGCUUCGAAGAUGCAGACGCACCGACUUCAGAGCAGUGGCGCAAGGGCAGGUCUAGUCGGUUCGGUAAGGUGCAGCACGAGAAGAGGGCCGACGGGCACGAGCAAGACGUCGUCCAUGGUAUCGUUGUCAAGCACUACAACUGAGAGACCAUCGGGAGUGUCGCCGUACGUGUCUGAAUUCGCGGUUGUGCAGCAAUUUCGAUGCCAGUGUAUAGUAGUGGAAGCGCGAUUGAUGCAGCCUUCUUGAACCGUUCUUCGCACACGCAGAACCAAAGUCCGGUCAAGGCCGGAAUUGACCCGUCGCGAAGGCCUGGAAUCCGCUCUCCAGAGGAUGACCGGCGACGAGUGAACAUUCGAGGGGUGUCUGCGGACUGACAUGCCACGGUGAUCAAUGUCAUAGGACUCUCGCGAGAGCGCGAUGUUUCGAACUCAUCGAGACACGGCAUUUGGGAC